AUGGACUUUGUUAGUGGGCUGCGUUUGACUCCUACUAAGAAAGAUUCAGUUUGGGUUAAAGUAAAUUGUCUAACCAAGUCCGCCCAUUUUUUGCCUGUUCGUAUUGACUACUCACUGCAUAGAUUGGCAAGGUUGUAUAUCUCGGAGAUUGUAAGGCUUCAUGGGUCAAGCAUCCAAAUGGCUCCUUAUGAAGCAUUGUAUGGUCACAAAUGUCGUAAACCUCUAUGUUGGACUGAGUUGGGGGAAAAUAAGGUGUUGGGUACAUAUUUGGUACAAGAAUCUGAUAAUGAGAAGUCUUAUGCUGACUUGCGGCGGAGGGAUAUUGAGUUCAGUUUUGGGGAUCAAAUCUUCUUAAAGGUUUCACCAUGGAAGAAAGUAUUGAGAUUUGGUAGCAAUAGAAAGCUGAGUCUGAGGUUCAUUGGGCCAUAUAGAGUUCUUAAGAGGGUUGGACUAGUGGCUUAUCAAUUAGAGUUACCUCUGGAAUUGGAUCGUAUACAUGAUGUAUUCCAUGUUUCUAUAUUAAGAAGAUACUGUUCUGAUCAUUCACUUGUGAUUCCAAUUGAUGAGGUAGAGGUGAGACCCAAUUUGACUUAUGAGGAAGAACCAGUACAGAUUUUGGACCGUAAGGUCAAAAAAUUGAGGAAGAAGCAUAUUCCUCUAGUGAAAGUCUUGUAG